UCGCCUACACUGCGACGCUCACCAUGCCUGGUUCUUGACGUUCACUCGUCGCAAUUCCCGGGAUAUGCAGAUCCCAAUCGCUGAAAUACUCACUCCGACCAUGGAUUCCUCGCGGAACCGAGUCGAGGGCGCCGUGUGCGACAAGCACAGUGGCGGUGUCACGGUACAUAACUGUAGUCACCGACACCCUUGUACUUCACGCCGACAAGACAUGCGACCCUCGUCUGGCACCUCCAGGCACAUUUGCUCAGGAACUGUAUCGAAGUGUCUAGGGAUAACAUAGGACAAGAUGUCAAUGGCACGGCACGUAGUCGCUACGUACUGCUACCUGCACAAUCCCACGACGGCGACCUUGUCUUUUCCUUCGGGACUUGCGUUCCUGGCUUUGAUCUCCUACGCCUGCUUGAUAUAAAGUGCUGUGUAUGCUACUCGUCUUGCUGCACCUCCAACUCCGCAAGCCCCGCGCUUUUCCCGCGGAAGUGCGGUUCUUGUACGUUCCUCCCUCCUCCCGCUGUUCGCCGGUCGACUCGCCGCAUCUGCUCAGACACCAGUUAUCUGUCCGCGACAUGGCGAACCCUGCAGACAUCCCCGCCAUCCAUUCGAUCAUCAAUUCCGUCAACCGGCAUGCACCUAUCGCCUCGCCAGACGUGCCCCCGGAACAGUUGGCCCGCGACCGGGGUACCUUCCUGGCUACAAUGGCACAUAGCAUCCUCAACAUCAUCCGCGAUGGGAUCGAUGCAGAGGGAAAGCGGCAGUACGAGGCGGUUUACGCUAUCUUAGAAGCAGCCUCGCAGGGAGAUCCGGAGCAGUACUUGCAAGCCGGCGAGGCGCUUUGGGCGUUCACCCUCCAAGCCUUUCAGCUCGCGACGCACCGCCGUGUCACCGGCCACGCUCGCGAUCAGCGCGGUGCAUCUGCCCAUCCUCCGCCCGACCCACGUGCAUAUGCGCGAGGGCAGGCGCGUAACGCAGGCGGGUCUGCGUACGCUCUCGACCACGGCGGCGCGCACCAAAUGGGCGUGCCUGUCGGCACGACCGCUGGCAGCCCGAGCACAAACGUGAUCGUCCUCCAUUCGCCCUGCUGUCAUACUCCGCACCAGACCUACCUACAUGCCUCCCCUGUGCCCCAACCCAGGGCCCUCUCCCCUCUCCCACCACCGCCGCCCCCUCCGCCGCCGCGUACACCCACCCCGCCGCUCGCUCCCGCUCCCCCGGCCCAAGUCUCCCCUAUCUACAUCAUCACGACGCCAUGCCACGCCCCCGCCGCUCUCCCAACGUCCAUGCCAUUCUGUUUCCCCACGCCGCCCUUUUCACCUGCCAUGUUCCCCGUCGCGUCUCCCCUGGCGGUGCCCGUUCCCCUCUCGGUCUCCGCGUCGACGCCGGUCUGGUCUCCGCGUACGUCGUCCCGCUAUGUAUGA